CUUCUGUCAUUUCAGUGUCUUUGCGGCAUCUAGAGAAGCUUUUCCCUCAGGAUCCUGGGGAAAGGACGGGUUUUGAUUCUUUCAUUUGGUUAUUUGAAACCAUGUUCAUGCUAAUCCUGCAUUAAAUGAUAUGUUCUUCAAGAUGUUCCAGCAAUAAGUAAAAAUGCAUGUAUGGCGACCAUCUGAAUAGUUUAAAAAGAGAACUAAUAACCCCACCAAGAGAAACCCUGCUUCUUCUUCUUCACAUGCAACAGCUGAGGUCCUUUGUGGAAAAACCCUGACUCUGCUUUCACACUCCCGCUGGAUUUACCUCAGACGUCUCGGUGAAUCGGGCAGUUUUUAAGAGGAUCUCUUCCGUAAACACAAGGCCGAUUUCUGUGCAUCAAACCCUGUGAACCAUCAUGGCCAAAGUGCAGGUGCUGAACGUGGCUGUUCUGGAUAACCCCAGUCCUUUUGGAAACCCGUUUCAGUUCGAGAUCACGUUUGAAUGCAUGGAGGACCUACCUGAAGAUCUGGAGUGGAAGAUCAUCUACGUGGGCUCUGCAGAGAGCGAGGAGUACGACCAGGUCCUGGACUCGGUUCUGGUCGGCCCGGUUCCUGCAGGAAGACACAUGUUUGUGUUUCAGGCGGACGCUCCAAACACUGGGCUGAUCCCUGAGAGUGAUGCGGUGGGCGUGACCGUAGUGCUGAUCACAUGCACCUAUCGGAGACAGGAAUUCAUUCGCAUCGGAUACUACGUCAACAAUGAGUACACAGAGCCCGAGCUACGGGAAAACCCGCCGGUCAAACCCAACUACACACAGCUUCAAAGGAACAUCUUGGCAUCGAACCCUCGGGUGACCCGUUUCCACAUUAACUGGGAAGCAACGAUGGACAAGAUGGAAGAUUCAGAGAAUGUAGACCCCGCCCCCAACACCAUGCUCCCGCCCACUUCCAUGCCCGGCAAAGCCCCGCCCCUCGGACUCAUGCCCGACAACUCCAUGGACUGCUUAUAGGACUGACACGCAACAACAACCUCAUUCAUAAAGUAAUACAUGUGUUGUCUUGUAUUUAUACACCUACAUGUUCUCUCAGUUGUGAUUGGACACAGUCAGGGACUUUUCAGGCCUUUUCUUGCACUUCCUGUCUCGAGCAGCAGGGGGUGGAGCCUACACACUGGGGGUGGAGCCUGCAGCAGGG